AUGAAGUUCGGCGAGCAGCUGCGCUCUUCUGCCAUCAAAGAGUAUCAAUGGUACUAUAUAGACUAUGAAGGGCUGAAGGUCGACCUUAAAAAGGCUUCUGGCCCCAUCGCGAAGGCCAGCUCGAAACGAGAAUGGACAGAGGAUGACGAGAGCCGUUUCGUGUACCGCCUUGAAUCGGAACUCGAAAAGGUCUACCAAAAACAGCAGCUCAAGACCAUCGAGAUCACACGCCGUCUCCAAACCAGCGAGCGCGAUGUCAACGAUAUUGUCGCCAGACUGAACGAGCGGCAGCCUGACAGGGAUGGCCCGUCCGAGGAGGAGUUCCUAGUCCUGGAGGAGGACCUCAGCGACAUUAUCGCCGACGUCAACGACCUGGCCAAGUUUGUCCAGCUGAAUUACACCGGCUUCUACAAGAUUAUGAAGAAGCACGACAAGAUGACUGGGUGGCACAUCCGGCCUGUCUUCGAGGCGCGCAUGAAGGCGAAGCCGUUCUUCAAGGACAACCACGAGGAGUUGCUGGUGAAGCUGUCCGACCUCUACAACAUCGUUCGCACCAGGGGCAAUCCAGUGAAAGGUGACAGUGCCUCCGGCGGUAGCCAGGGUAACUUCAUCCGUAAUACGACAAAGUACUGGGUGCAUCCGGACAAUGUCACCGAGUUGAAGCUCAUCAUCCUGAAGCACCUGCCAGUCUUGGUCUUCAAUGCGGCGAAGGAGUUCGAGACGGAUGACACGGCUAUUACCUCCAUCUACUACGACAACCCCGACGUUUGGGACUUGUAUGAGGGCCGGCUCAAGAAGACCGAAGGAGCGGAAGCGAUCCGCCUGCGGUGGUAUGGCAGCAUGGAGACCGACAAGAUUUUUGUGGAGAGAAAAACGCAUCGAGAGGACUGGACAGGGGAGAAGUCCGUCAAGGAACGAUUCGACAUCAGGGAGAAGCAUGUGAACUCCUACAUGAAGGGUGAGAUGCUCCCCGCUGCCAUCAUCGACAAGCAAAGAAAGACUGGCAAGAAGCCAAAGGCAGACUACGACAAGGCCGAGAAAUUGGCCCAGGAGAUCCAGUGGGAGGUUCUCAAGAAGGGGUACGAGCCGGUAUGCCGAAGCUUUUACCACCGCACUGCCUUUCAGUUCCCAGGCGAUCUCAGAGUCCGCAUCUCGCUGGACACAGACUUGACCUUGAUCCGGGAAGACAAUCUCGACGGCCGCAAGAGAAGCGGUGAUAACUGGCGCCGUAUGGACAUCGGCGUGGAUUAUCCCUUCUCCCAGCUGCCACCAGAAGACAUCUGCCGAUUUCCGUAUGCCGUAUUGGAGGUGAAGAUUCAGACUCAAGCAGGCCAACAGACUCCUGAAUGGGUGCGACAGCUAGUCUCGAGCCACCUCGUCGAGGCUGUUCCCAAGUUCUCCAAGUUCAUCCACGGAUGCGCCGUUCUGUUCCCCGACCGCAUCAAUCUGCUACCCUUUUGGAUGCCCCAGAUGGACGUUGACAUCCGCAAGCCCGUUACCCAUAGUUUUGGCAUCCAGCGGAGCUCUCAUUCUGGUACCACUGGCACAUCGGAGGAUGAGGACGAUGACGAGGACGACUCGGAUGAGGAGGACACCAGAACCACACGUCGACACGAGAUCAACGGCCUUCUCGCUCCAUCGAAUGGUUCACAGGCAGAGACGAGCGCCCACGGAGCAGCAGUUGCUCAUAGGUUGCGCCAAGCGCAGAACGAUGGGGCAGUCGAUCUUGAGGACCAGACACGGAUGUUACCCCCCGCUCAUCAAGACGAUGCAUACGUGCUGUACGAGUCCGAUGAGGAGGAAGAAGAAGAGGACAGACUGGAGGAGGCCAGGAGAGUCGGCGGGCUGACGUACUUUACGACACUCGUAUCGACCAAGGCGAAGACUGCCGGUCGUGGCAUCGCUUCCAAGCUAGGGCACGCAGUGGCGACGAUGAGAUCAGGUAGUGAGAUUCCCGCACAUGAGCGAACACUGGCUUUGUACGGCACGACGCAGGUGCAGAAUAAGAGGUUCGAGGCGCCAAAGGGAAAGAAGAUCUACGUUCCUGUCCGCGUGGAGCCGAAGGUGUACUUUGCUGCUGAAAGAACGUUUUUGAGUUGGCUCGAAUUUUCCAUCUAUAUCGGCACCAUCGCGACCACCCUUCUCAACUUCGGCAGCAAGCCCAGCAGGAUCUCCUUCAUCGUGUCUGGUGUCUUCACUCUUGUCGCUAUACUCUGCCUAUGCUACUCGAUGGGCACUUACAUCUACAGGAGCCGCUCUAUCCGAGCUCGAAAGGCAGCCAAGUUCUACGACUACUGGGGUCCAACAUUUUUGUGUAGUGCCUUGGUUGUUGCCGUUGCGCUGAACUUUGGGUUUGAAGGGCACGAAAGGGAGUGGUGGUAAGCGGUGACGGCUCGAGGGAGAGGGGCCCGAGACAGAAAGACGCGAUGACCCUGUUUUAAUCGGCAAGCGACUGUAUACAUAUGCAUCCUUGAGGAUCUGCGUUGGCAUAAUGAGCUGGUCUUCAUCAUAAAUGGACCCUGGCCCUAGCGGACAUUGUAAGAAUUGCUACUACAUACCACUUUUGCAUUCCUUUGUCAUCAAUUUAAAGCUUGCGUGGAUCG